GAUCGUUUUGACAACAAACUCAGAUGUGCACAUGUUUCUCGUGUACUUAAUAGAUUUAAUAGUUUUGGCUGAGAAAGUCAGUUGUUUGUUGGUGUUGGUGAGAAGGUUGGCAAAUAUCAGAGGAAGGUAUUGAAUGACAGGCUUCCAUUUGAUGCUUGCUGGGCUGCUGUGUUAGAGAAACGGGAUAGCAGUGUUCCUGUCUCUUGGUUCAUGUUGAAAGUGUUUCGGUGGUUGGCACAGAUAGAGGAGCAAGCAGGGCCGUCCGACAUGGCUGAGGACGGUAAAGACAAGGUGACGUUUGACCUUGGAGAAUCAACAGGGGACGAUGAUGCUGGUUCCUCGGUGGAUGAACACGAACAACCAGAGUCUGAGAGACGAGAUUCCGUUUCGGAAAUUAUAAGAAGGAAGCCGUCCGAGAGUGAUGACAACCGGGACUCGGAGUCGUCCUUCUUCUCCAGCCCCGAGGCACACAGUCCCAAAGCCCAGAUGAGGCACACGAUGUCCGGGAUCACUCUGGACACAACGCGGGGGAAGAGGCAGUAUGUGAAGGACUUCUGUGUGGCCACACCGGAGGAGUAUGUGAAGCGCUUCGGGGGGAACCGAGUCAUCAACAAGGUUCUGAUUGCCAACAAUGGUAUUGCUGCCGUGAAGUGUAUGCGGUCCGUGAGGAGAUGGGCGUACGAGAUGUUCCGGAAUGAGCGGGCCAUUCGCUUCGUUGUAAUGGUCACACCAGAAGAUCUCAAGGCUAAUGCUGAAUACAUCCGAAUGGCUGACCAGUACAUACCUGUACCUGGCGGCAGCAACAACAACAACUACGCCAACGUGGAACUCAUCCUCGACAUCUCGAAACGAACACAGGUCCAGGCUGUGUGGGCAGGAUGGGGACAUGCCUCUGAAAAUCCCAAGCUACCAGACUUACUACACAAGAAUGGGAUCACAUUCAUAGGUCCCCCGGAGAUGGCCAUGUGGUCCCUGGGAGACAAGAUUGCCUCCUCCAUCGUAGCCCAGACUGCUGGAGUGCCAACUCUACCCUGGAGCGGCUCAGGUGUGAAGCUGAAGAUGGGGGAGAAGGACAAGACCAAGUGGAAGCAGCUGGUUGUGCCCAAUGACCUCUACAAGAAGGGCUGCACGCCAGACGUGGAGUCAGGGCUCAAGUCGGCCAAUGACAUUGGCUUCCCCGUCAUGAUCAAGGCUUCGGAAGGGGGUGGAGGCAAGGGCAUCAGGAGAGUUGACAAUGCAGAUGACUUCCCCAAUCUCUACAGACAGGUGCAAGCAGAGGUUCCAGGGUCACCGAUAUUCAUCAUGAAGUUGGCGUCUGCUGCCCGGCACCUGGAGGUGCAGCUUCUGGCCGACAGCUAUGGUAACGCCAUCUCACUGUUCGGGCGGGACUGCUCCAUACAGCGCAGGCACCAGAAGAUCAUUGAAGAAGCACCAGUCACCAUUGCACAGUCUGGUAUCUUUGAGAGGAUGGAGAAGGCUGCUGUGACGCUGGCCAAGAUGGUGGGGUACGUGAGCGCCGGCACCGUGGAGUACCUGUACAAUGCAGAGCAGGAUGAGUUCUUCUUUCUGGAGCUGAACCCCCGGCUUCAGGUGGAGCAUCCGUGCACCGAGAUGGUGGCCGACAUCAACCUCCCCGCCGCCCAGCUGCAGGUUGCUAUGGGUCUUCCGCUCCAUCAUAUCAAAGACAUCCGAGUUUUGUACGGUGAAGACCCAUGGGGAGAGUCGGCCAUUGACUUUGACAAUCCCCGAGCUAAACCCCACCCGAGGGGUCAUGUGAUUGCUGCCAGAAUCACCAGCGAGAACCCCGACGAAGGCUUCAAGCCCAGCUCCGGCACCGUGCAGGAGCUGAACUUCCGCAGCAACAAAAACGUGUGGGGGUAUUUCAGCGUGGCAGCAUCGGGCGGCCUUCAUGAGUUUGCAGACUCCCAGUUCGGCCACUGCUUCUCCUGGGGAGAGGACCGGGAAGAUGCCCGAGAGAACCUGGUGGUGGCCUUGAAAGAGUUGUCUAUCCGCGGAGACUUCCGCACCACGGUGGAGUACCUCAUCAAGCUGCUGGAGACGGAGUCGUUCCAGGGCAACACCAUCACCACAGCCUGGCUGGACAAACUCAUCUCUGAUAAGGUUCAGGCGGAGAAGCCGGACACCAUGCUGGGGGUGAUCUGUGGUGCCCUGCACAUUGCCGACCAGAGGAUCCUGGGCAGCUUCCAGGACUUCCAGACUUCACUGGAGAGAGGCCAGAUCUUGCCAUCAUCAUCCUUGAAGAAUAUUGCUGAUGUGGAGUUCAUUAUGGAGGGCAUCAAGUACAUCUUGCAGGUGAUAAAGACAGGCAUCAGCAGCUACUUCCUGUGCAUGAACAACUCCGUCCUGGAUGUCGAGGCUCAUCGUCUGUCUGACGGCGGUCUGCUUCUGUCUGUGGAUGGGUCCAGCCACACAACAUACAUGAAGGACCAAGUCAACAGCUACCGCGUCACCAUCGGCAACAAGACCUGUGUCCUGCACCGGGAGAACGACCCAACAGUGCUCAGAUCGCCAUCUGCUGGCAAGUUGAUCAACUUCAUUGUGGAGGAUGGAGGCCACGUGUUUUCUGGGGACGCGUAUGCUGAGAUUGAGGUGAUGAAGAUGGUGAUGGAAUUACGUGCCACAGAGACCGGGUGCAUUCACUACGUGAAGCGUCCGGCAGCAGUGUUGGACCCAGGUGUGAUUGUGGCCCGCAUGCAGCUGGAUGACCCAAGCCGAGUACAACAAGCCCAGCUGUUCACGGGGACACUGCCCACCCCCCAGAACCCCGCCCUGCACGGCGACCGCCUGCACCAGGUGUUCCAGCGGGCCCGCAUACAGCUGGAGAACAUCAUGGCGGGAUACGUCCUCCCCGAGCCCUACUUAAAGGAGAGACUCAAUGUUAACUUGGAGUGCAUCAUGAAGUGUUUGAAGGAGCCCUCGCUUCCGCUCCUUGAGCUGCAGGAUUUGAUCUCCAUGAUCUCUGGGAGAAUUCCGGCCAAAGUAGAGAAGUCAAUGCGGAGACUCAUGGCUUCCUACGCCAGCAACAUCACGUCAGUCCUGUGUCAGUUCCCCAGUCAACAGAUUGCCAAUGUGAUCGACAGCUAUGCUGCUACACUGACGAAGCGAACAGAGAGAGAUGUGUUCUUCAUGACGACCCAGGGUAUCGUGCAGCUGGUGCAGAGGUACCGCAGUGGUAUCCGAGGUCACCUCAAGUCCGUUGUGCAGGACCUCCUCCGGCAGUACCUCCGCGUUGAGCUGCAGUUCCAGCAAGGUCACUACGACAAGUGCGUGUACCAGCUGCGAGAGAAGAACAAGGAUGACAUGGCCACCGUUGUGGGCACCAUCUUCUCCCACCUUGCUGUCCAGCAGAAGAACAACCUCGUCAUCAUGCUCAUAGACCACCUGUGUGGAAAGGAGCCAGGGGUCACAGAUGAGAUGGCGUCCAUCUUGAAUGAUCUCACACAACUCAACAAGAAGGAAAAUGCCAAAGUUGCCCUACGAGGCAGACAGGUUCUGAUCGCUGCCCACCAGCCGCCAUAUGAGCUCCGUCACAACCAGAUGGAGUCCAUCUUCCUCUCCGCCAUUGACAUGUACGGACAUGAGUUCUGUCCAGAAAACCUCCAGGACAUGCCACGGGCUAUAUACAUGGUGAUGUGCCUUAAUGAUUACAAGAUGGUCUCAAACGUACAGAAACUGAUCAACUCGGAGACCGCCAUCUAUGAUGUUCUACAAGAGUUCUUCUUUCACAGUAAUGACUUGGUGAAAAGUGCUGCACUGGAGGUAUACGUCCGCCGCGCCUACAUAGCCUACGAGCUGCACUGCCUCCAACACUGUAUGCUGGAGGACGGGCUGAGAGUGGUGGAGUUCAGAUUCCUGCUGCCAAGGUCACAUCCAAACAGGUUGAUGGUGACCCGCUUCGAGAGUUCCCUGAUGCGUGUGCCGAGUGAGGAUGAGGACGUCUCCCCUGCUAAUGAACCGGUGGAGGAGAUCCCCUUAUGUCAAAGGAUGGGCGUCAUGGCUGCCUUUAGCUCAUUUUCAGAUUUCCAGAAGAAUUUUGACAAGCUGAUCGAGCGGUUCUCCCUGGACACCCCCCCGGCCAGCCCUCUGUUGUCGGAACACUGCUUCCUCAAUGCUGAAGACUCCACGUCGGUACAUAGUAUGUCGGACGUUGACGACCCCAUCCACAUCAUCAACGUGGCCAUCAGCCUCCACUCCCAGAUGGAGGACGACGAGCUGGCAGCUCAGUUCCAUCUCUUCUGCCGGGAGAAGGCACAGAUGAUGUAUGAUCGUGGCAUCCGCCGAGUCACCUUCGUUGUCCUGCAUAAGAGGACAAUACCCAAAUACUUCACCUUCAGAGCCAAGUUUGAGUUCCAGGAGGAUCGCAUCUACCGCCACCUGGAACCAGCGCUGGCCUUCCAGCUGGAGAUCAACCGACUCCGCAACUUUGACCUGGAGGCCAUCCCCACUGCCAACUACAUGAUGCAUCUCUACCUGGGCAAGGCCAAGGUGGCCAAAGGUCAAGAGGUCACAGAUUACCGGGUAUUUGUGAGGUCUAUCAUCAGACAUUCCGACCUCGUCACAAAGGAAGCUUCUUUUGAGUACCUGCAAAAUGAAGGGGAGAGAACUCUGUUGGAAGCAAUGGACUCGUUAGAAGUGGCUUUCUCCCAUCCUCAGUCAAAGAAGACAGAUUGUAAUCACAUCUUUCUCAACUUUGUACCAACUUUGACACUCACAGAGCCAGGGAAGUUGGAGGAGACGGUGCGGAGUAUGGUGAUGCGGUAUGGCAGUCGGCUGUUGAAGAUGAGAGUGCUGCACGCAGAACUUAAGUUUACCAUCAGACUGACCACUAAUGGAACGAGUUUCCCAAUCCGGCUGUUCCUGACCAAUGAGAGCGGGUACUACCUGGACAUCAGCCUGUACCGUGAGGUGACGGACCCCCGCACAGGCCAGGUGAUGUUCCAGGCAUACGGGGCCAUGCAGGGGCCUCUCCACGGCCUCCUCAUCAGCACCCCCUACCUCACCAAGGAUCACCUGCAACUGAAGCGCUUCCAGGCCCAGUCCAUGGGGACCACCUACGUGUACGAUUUCCCGGAGAUGUUCCGACAGUCCUUGAUGAAGCUGUGGAAGGAGCACUACCAGCGCCAUCACCUGCCGCCUAGAGACAUGCCCACCGAUGCCCUCGUAUCGACCGAACUGGUCCUUGACAGUCAUGGCAACCUGUGCAUGCAGAAGAGGCUGCCGGGGGAGAACGAGAUUGGUAUGGUGGCAUGGAAGAUGACCUUGAAGACCCCAGAGUUCCAGGAAGGUCGUGAUAUUAUUGUCAUCUCCAAUGACAUGACACACAAGAUUGGAUCGUUUGGUCCGCAGGAGGAUGUGCUGUUCAAGAAAGCAUCUGAGUUGUCCAGAAAGAUGGGCAUCCCUCGCAUCUACCUGUCUGCUAACAGUGGCGCUCGUAUUGGCCUGGCCGAGGAGAUCAAGCACCUGUUCCGUGUGGCGUGGGUGGAUCCAAAAGAUCCCAACAAGGGUUUCAAAUAUUUGUACCUGCGUCCUGAUGACUUCAAGAAAGUGAGUGCCAUGAACUCCGUGAGAGCAGAGCUCAUAGAGGAUCAGGGAGAAUCCCGAUACAAGAUCACCGACAUCAUCGGUAAGGAUGAUGGUCUGGGUGUGGAGAACCUGAGGGGAUCCGGCAUGAUUGCUGGGGAAUCAUCCACUGCCUACAAUGAGGUCAUCACCAUCAACCUUGUUACGUGUCGAGCAAUCGGUAUCGGCGCAUACCUGGUGAGACUCGGACAGAGGAUCAUUCAAGUGGAGAACUCCCAUAUCAUCCUCACAGGAGCUGGGGCACUCAAUAAGGUGCUGGGGCGGGAGGUGUACACAAGCAACAACCAGCUCGGUGGCAUCCAGAUCAUGCACAACAACGGCGUCUCCCACGAUGUGGUGCCCGACGACUUUGAGGGAUGCUGUAUGAUUCUCCAGUGGCUCUCCUACAUGCCUUUGAAAAAGAAUGGCCCUCUCCCAAUAAUCCCUUCCUACGACCGAGUAGACAGAGACGUGGAUUUUGUGCCCACCAAGGCUCCGUAUGACGUACGCUGGAUGCUGUCGGGGAGGAUGAAUCCAGAGAGUCGCGAGUGGCAGAGCGGCUUCUUCGACAAGGAUUCCUUCAUGGAGAUCCUCAACCCAUGGGCUCAAACAGUUGUUGUUGGCAGAGCAAGACUGGGCGGUAUACCCCUGGGUGUCGUGAGUGUGGAGACUCGGUCUGUGGAGGUCGUCGUCCCAGCCGACCCGGCCAACAUCGACUCCGAAUCGAAGGCGACACAGCAAGCCGGGCAGGUGUGGUUCCCCGACUCUGCCUUCAAGACAGCCCAGGCCAUCAAGGACUUCAACCGUGAGGAGCUGCCUCUCAUCAUCUUUGCCAACUGGAGAGGAUUCUCGGGGGGCAUGAAAGACAUGUAUGACCAAGUCCUUAAGUUUGGAUCUUACAUUGUGGAUGCUCUGGUGGACUACAAGCAACCUAUCCUGAUCUACAUCCCUCCCUAUGCCGAGCUGAGGGGCGGGGCAUGGGUGGUGGUCGACCCCACCAUCAACCCCACCCACAUGGAGAUGUUUGCAGACCAACUGUGCAGAGGAGGGGUGUUGGAGCCUGAGGGCACAGUGGAGAUCAAGUUCCGGCGGAAGGACCUGGAGAAGGCGAUCCGGCGCCUGGACCCGGUGGUACGGCAGCUGGUGGAGGACCUUGGGGACCCCGACCUGGCCGAGGAGAAGAAGACGGAGCUGGAGGGCGACCUGGCCAAGAGGGAGGACAGUCUGCUCUCCAUCUACCACACAGUCGCUGUGCAGUUCGCAGACCUCCACGACACCCCCGGGCGUAUGGAGGAGAAGGGAGUAAUCUCGGCUAUCCUCAAGUGGGAGCGGAGUAGGGAGUUCUUCUACUGGCGACUGCGGCGCCGUCUCCUGGAGAACGAGGUGAAGAAGAAGAUGCGGCUGUUCACCAAGGACUCAAGUGAAGCCCAGCUGGACUCCAUGCUGGGAAGGUGGUUUGUGGAGGACCAGGGCGCAGUCAAUGCCUAUCUGUACGAGGACGACAAGGCGGCCGUGGGGUGGCUGGUGGACCAGCUGGACGAGAACCAGGAGAAGAACACCGUGCUGGAGAACAUCCGCUGUAUACAGAGAGACCAUGUGUUGCAGCAAGUCAGGAGCUUGAUCCAGGACAACCCGGAGGUGGCCAUGGACUCCAUCGUGCACAUCACACAGCACAUGACACAGUCUCAGCGCGCAGAGAUCUCCCGCAUCCUGGCCAACAUGGAGACGUAGACACCCACCAGAUGGCGCUGUAGACAAGGGCGGUAAAGGACAGGUGGCGCUGUCCAAUGUUGGUUGAAGAAUACCAGAUCUCGUGGGACAACUCAUGUGUUCAGACAAGCUCAUCUGGCUCAUUUAGAUUGAUCAUAUUUCGUGAUCAACAAACGGAUCCAUAUGUUUGACCAGAUAUCUCAGGACUUAUUUAUACAAAAUGUUGAAGUUACUUGUCCAUCUCUUGAAUUGGCCGGUGGCCAUUUGGUUAUGACUGUUGGCGUUUGAUGGGAAUUGGUCAUGGGAUUUUUAAUCUUGCAUGACAGUGGUGCGUGUUAACAUUACUAAGUCAAAAGAUAAUUGUCACAAACAAAUAUUUCACCGAAAAUAUUUUUAGGUUGUAAAAAAUGAUAAAUCAUUGUGUCAUCAGCAAAGUAUUCACACUAGUGGUAUGUACAACUCAUACUGCUGGUGCCACAACUCAUUCCAGAUGGUCAUAACACUAAACCCAUUUCGUACAGAUGGACCCAGAUACUUUGGGUUUAGUGUGUAGUUUGGCAUUGCAAAGUGGCUUUAACAUCCGUGAUGCUACAUGGUCUGGUGUCUCGUCCCCAACAGAGAGACAAUGGACAUUUGACAGAACACAGCAUGCCGAGCCGCAUGUGCAAAGACUGUUCCGAGGUAUUCCUCAAGAGAUGUUUUAUACUGUUUGAAGAUUUUGAGAAGUAUAACUUCACGACUUCUGUAUCCAAAUGGCUUGAACUGAAAUUGUUUGUAUAUGCUUUGAAAGUUUUGUUGUUAGAUCAGUGGUACCUACUUAUGUCAUGUCUAUUCUUGGAGAUGUAAAUAUUGAACAAAACCAAAAUGUACAGAUGGAGUAUUUAUUGCCAGUUUGUAAGUUAUUCAGGUGUUACGUUAUACAACACAGUUGUGAGUUGACAUUGCUUUGUUGGAGUUUGUUUCUUUGUACUGAAGAUCGGCAUUUGAUGAGUGGCUGUUCAUAGGGUGUCUGUCGGAUGAACUUGUAGUUUUGUAUUUUGUUAAAGAUCUGCUAACAGUCGACAGUUUAAUUUACAGUGGCUUCAGUCAGGGGACUAUUAGUUUAAUAUAGGCGUGUGUGAUUGGUCUUUGGACGAUCAUAUGACAUUCCCCUUCGCCCCUAUAAUAAAUUACCAGUCCCUGAAUGUUGUGUAAGAACAUAUCUGUAAAGUGUGUUCGGAUAGAUGUGUAUGUAGUGUGUAUCAGUUAGCAUGAGUACAUUAGAGUUGUUUGCUGUGAAUGGAUGCAUUUUGACCAGUAUUAGAAAUAAAUAUUUAGACCUUAUGUUGGUCAGUUAUAUUGAUGGUGGAUCGACGAUGCAGUAGUAAUGCUUCAAGUCUUCAAUGUGUAUUCAUCCAGCCAGACUACUUCUAAUCUGAAUGAGAGUACCACCAUUUCAAUAUCAGUGACAGAAUUAGUUUUUGAAUGUGUGUCUCCAUGACUACCAAUACACCGUGCAUUUAGCGGAGUCGGCUACCAGUGCAAUCAGCCUCUGGAACAGCAACAUGAGCUGCAUGAUUGUCUCCCCUAGUUGUGCCAGGAUGUUAUGAUAUUGGGUUUGAAUUCCAGAUUUGUGCUGAUAGUGCAUCUUUGUCAGUUCAUGGGUGUCUCAAAAAUUGUACUUUCAUCCAGCCUGGCUUUCCUUCCACAAUAAGUUAACACAUCAUGAUGUAAGACUGUCCGAAUCAAAAACAUUCUCUGAGUUUGUUUCUCAUCUGAAAAAUUGAAUGUAAUUUGAACAUGUUGUGAAAAUCAGGUAAUGUUAAAACCAUCUUGUUUUCAUGGUCAUCAAAUUGAUAGGUAGCUGAGGUGUCCGACACGAGAAUAGCGGACUAUUAUCUCACCUUCCAUUGACUUUCAUGUAUUGAGCCUCGUGUGGGUUACUUUGUUUAUGAAGUUGGAUAAAAGUUGCCAGUUACUGUCUCAAAGCCCUGUCUUCAGUCAGUUGCAGGAGUAGGAGCUUUACACUCCAAGCUGAAGGUGGGCGAUCACACGAUUGUCCAGGGUAUCAUGUGCAUCAUACAACCUGGGACCCUUUCACUUCAGUAGCUUCUUCUCAAGCCCAAUUCAGAUGGAAGGACCAAAGAGUCAUUCAAUGAUAUCACAAAUGAUAGAGAAAUUGAGAUGUGAAACGAAGCUUUACUGUUGAAUGGGUAUAGGGGUAUUUAUUAUAACACCAUGGAUAAUCAGGGAUGAUUGCGCUCAGGCACAAGAUUAACCCACCUAGUCAAAGCUCAUUUCAUAGCCAAGAGAUUCAUAUUUAAUCAUGCUGAGAUUGUCAUAAGAUCAAACGAUUGCUUCAAGAAGUAGGCUUCUCUUUCUCCGAGUGUUGUGGUUGUUCGUUAAUGAAAUACCAAGCUGGUUCAGGAUGUUGAGGGUAAAUGUACUGUGGGGCCUUCCUCCAAUACAGUGUGGGCCAAACAUUUGACAGAGUACACUUAUACCAUCAUUAUUUUUCUGCUGCACAAAAGGUGUGAAGUUAUUAUUUUUUUCCAGUUUUGUUAUGCUGGAUUGCUAUUAAUCCAGUAUUGGAAACUUUGACUUUUUUUUUUUUUUUUUUGAAUAAAUAUUUUCUACAAAUAAA